AUGCAUCGGCCACCGCCGAGACCAAUGGUCACUCUCGCGGCUGUUGACAUUGAUGGCAAGGCUAUCCAAGAUGGGGACUAUACGUUCACCCAAAACCUAUGCGCACAACUUGAGGAGUUUGGAAACAAUACGGAGACUUUCAGUAUCAGCCAGUUGCAUCGAGCCCUUCGACGAAGGACCGCUAGUUGGAGACGACGUCAACCCGACGGCAAGAUUCCAGAUCCUCUGAUGUCCUCCAACACAACUCAUGAGUUUGGGUUGCUGGGACCGCUUGAGCCGCAAGUAGACCCGGCUGAGACGUCGACCGUGGGAGGAGCUAUAUCCGCCAAACCAGCUGGGCAUGCCAAAGAGGAACGGUGCCCCGUAACCGCAGAGAGGUCUUCAUCUGCCCUUGCCGCCUCUCAGCUCAAACCUUCAAGUCCUCGAGCCAUCAGCGCGGGAACCCAUUCACCAGCUUCUCUCAAGAAUGCAUCAUGGGAGGACAAUGUCAGUUUCUGCAUGGAAUUCCAUGACGUGGAUGAGGCACGCCCUCCUAGUGCGCCCUCUUCAGUUCUCAGUUCCCGUUCCCUUUCGCCAGCCUAUUCAACAACCUCUCAAAACGGGCGUCUACGAACCGGAAGUCCUGAUACUCGCCCUUGGGUUCCUAGCAUCGUCGAUAUGCCCGCCACCUCACCCCACGACAACCUCAACAUCUACGUCAGUCCACCUGACGUGGAAGCAGUUAUGCCCACCGCUCCGAUGAGUUGUUCCCCUGCUGCUUCAUCGAGCUCCUUACAAGAGUCAAUUCUGCCGCCAAGAAACAAGAGAGAUCACCAAAAGUGUUAUGAUGUGCGACUGUCACCUUCUGCUCCGUACGAGAGUCCCAGGAUAAACCCACGGGGAAGCAAAGAAAGGACAGACAACAUGCCAUACCCGCGACAUUCGCAGACAGUCAUGCCAAUGUUGCAAAAUCGAAGGUCACAAACAUUUGACAAUGCUGAUUUUGGCCGGGCAAGGGAUGGCUAUGGGGGUCCGCGUUGGCAGGCGCAGGCUGACUCUGACUCCGAGGAUGAAUUUUGGCCCCCGGAACACUCGGGACCUCGUCAUCAGUUGUAUGGUGGUUAUCGGCGGUGA